UACUCCCCAUUUUCUGCACCUUCCCCAGCAACUAGACCUCUUAACUCAAAAGUGCUAUUAAUAAAUUUUUGUACCCAAAAAUAAUGGCUUCAUUUUCUUCUUCCACAGCUACUCCGGUGGCUGUGGCUUUUCUUGUGCUUCUAAUUAUUGGAAGCUCCUCAGCUCAGCUUUCCACCAAUUUCUACUCCAAAUCUUGCCCCAAACUCUUGCCUACCGUGAAAUCCGUUGUGCAAUCUGCAAUAUCCAAAGAAGCCCGAAUGGGUGCCUCUCUGCUUCGAUUGUUCUUCCACGACUGCUUUGUUAAUGGUUGCGAUGGAUCGAUUCUUCUAGACGACACAUCCUCCUUCACCGGGGAGAAGAGGGCGGGUCCAAACCUCAACUCGGCCAGGGGAUUUGAUGUUGUUGACAACAUAAAAUCCGCGGUUGAAAAUGCGUGCCCGGGGGUCGUCUCAUGCGCUGACUUGCUGGCCAUUGCUGCAAGAGACUCCGUUGUCACUCUUGGAGGGCCUAACUGGAAUGUGAAGCUUGGAAGAAGAGAUGCUAGGACAGCAAGCCAGGCUGCAGCUAAUAACGGCAUUCCUUCUCCAACUUCUAAUCUCAAUGCCCUCAUCUCUAGAUUCAGUGCUCUGGGCCUUUCCACCAAAGACAUGGUUGCCCUCUCUGGUAGCCAUACGAUUGGACAAGCAAGGUGUACCACCUUCAGAGCAAGAAUAUACAACGAAACCAACAUAGACAGCUCAUUUGCCAAGACAAGGCAAGGCAGCUGCCCCAGCACCGCCGGCUCUGGGGACAACAACUUGGCACCGCUGGACCUCCAAACUCCGGCAGCUUUCGACAACAAUUACUACAAGAACCUUGUCAGCCGGAAAGGCCUCCUCCACUCCGACCAGCAGCUCUUCAACGGCGGCUCCACUGACUCCAUUGUGCGCCAGUACAGCUCCAGCCCCUCCACCUUCACCGCUGAUUUUGCUGCCGCCAUGAUCAAGAUGGGGGACAUUAGUCCCCUCACUGGAUCCAAGGGAGAGAUCAGGAAGAACUGCCGGAAGCUGAAUUGAUCAGAAUAUAUAGAUGAUCAUUUGAGCUCCAAUUCCAGAAACAAUAAAAAUUAAAGUAGCUGGUUUGUUUUGAUUUUGGAUAAAUUAAGGAUCGAGAUUUUAGUUUUGAGGUUUUC